AUGGAAAGCGACAUCAUUGCCUAUAUAUAUCCCAAUGGUGCCCAUAUCAACAGGGCAAAAGACGUGAUCAAGGCGAAUCGGCACUGCGUUCCCCCACGGCUCAUUGAAGUGCGACACAGCCACUGCCGCCGCGGCGAUGACCGUGAGAGACAGUCGACCGAGCCACCAGAGGACUCAGAUGCUUCAUCUCUUGACUAUCUUCCAAGCCUCGUGGUCAGAUUGAGCGACAUUCCACGAACGGACAAAGGUCUGCUUUUCGGUUCGAACCCAAACUGUGACGUCGUUAUGAACUACCCUGGCGUCUCUAAUAUUCACUUCAGCCUGACCUUUGACGAAUUCAACUGCCCUAUCAUCAAAGACUUGGAGUCUCUCGGAGGAACUCAAGUCACCUACGACCAGCAGGGCCAUGGCUACCGGAGGUCUUUCCGUUGGAUCAUCGGCGGCCACGAUAUGAUUGGGAGAGGGAUAUCCAUUGUUGUUACAAUUGAUGGCGUAAUUGCUCUCCAGAUUGUGAUUCAAGCCCACGACAUCAUGUCCCCGGCAUAUAUUAGCGCGGUCAAAUCGUUCAAGCGCGGCAUGACUACUAGCGAGGCGCUCCUCGCCGAAUUGGGCCUCUCACAGCCGCCGACCAGAGAUACUAAGACACCCGGCGAAGGCGCGAUUCACCUAAGAAAAUACCUCGGUGAAGGGUCUUUUGGGGUUGUAACCCGCCUAUGGAACGUCAGUACUGGAGAGAUCCGCGUGGUAAAAGCGCCUCACCCUAAGGCAAUUCGAAAGAGGCAGGUUGACUAUGACGCAUGGGAGGAGGAAGCUUCCAUAAUGAAGCUAGUGUCGCAUCAGCAUAUCGUGAAACUCAUCGAGUCACUCUCCAGUCCGCAACCCGAAAUACACCUGGAAUACAUGCGCUGUGGAUCUCUUGAAGCGCAGAAAAAUAUAACAUAUAAUGAGACCUUUACAAUCAUCUCUCAAUGUUUAUCGGCUCUUGCAUACCUACAUGAACGAAACCCGCCAAUUGCGCACCGAGACAUCAAGCCUGCUAAUAUCCUUGUUGAAAGACGCUCUGAGAACGGCAUCUUCGUCAAGCUGGGCGACUUUGGACUAGCGCGAAAGGGUUUCGAGUUGUCGACUCUCUGCGGCACAUACAAGUAUCUCGCGCCGGAGAUCCACUCUGACAAGCAACUCCGUGCCAGAAGAGAAGAGACAUCAGGCUAUACCGUGGCUGUUGAUAUCUGGUCUCUUGGCGUGGUGGCGUACGAGCUGCUAUACGGUCUGCCAAGCUUCACACGCCGGUACAAGGACGAUGGGGCGGCCUGGUGUGAAAAACUUACAGAUGAGCUCCGAACCAAUGUGAAGAGACGACCAGCUGCACUGGGAACGAUGCUGGCGAAUUGCAUGGUUGUCAUAUCGCCGGAAGACCGGCGUGAUGCUGCUUCAUGCUGUGAACUGCUGGUCACAGUUGAAGCUGUGGAGGUUCCUUUUCCUGGUGUGACUCCAGUUUCAUACUUUAACAACGAAGAGGACCAAGCGACGUUCAGGUACGCCCCACAGGACGGCGACGACGAGACUCGGUCGACAGGAGUAGCCGGCCAGUGUGGCGAACCAAGGGGAGGCGAGGGCACUACGAGCCGGGCAAAGACACGAGCUAUCAGCACAGUGAACCAGCCAGUAUCUUUGAAAGCGACUACCUCGCCCCAUUUCAUCAGAUCAGAAGGACCGCCCCCCGAGUCGCAUUCGUCAUCAUGUUCAAGGAUUACUCAACGAUGCGAAGAGUUUGAAAGACCGUCCACGUCAGUUAUCAGACGAGACGACCAGUUGCAAGAGGGCCACAAACUUGAGUAUCUUAUUGAAAAGUCCCCGACGGAUGAGUUCAACCCCCUUCAUGUUGGCUCGCCUUUAGCCUCACAAGUAGGAGGGAGUAACUCGCAAGAUUGGGCGAGCCAGCAAAAUUCUGCGCGGCAUGGCCAGCUCGGAGCUGCAGUUGGAGCAGGAACCACGAGAUCGAGCAUCCCACGUGGCGAGAGCGGAUGGCACAAUGAGGUAAUCGAUGAUUACGAUUUAGAAAUGGCAGGAGCAGCAGAAGUACUUCAAAACAUUGCUCAGGACUUUGAGCGGGGAAAAUAUUGA